AUGUGGGGCCCAACGACAAAGCCCACUCUGAGCCCAUGCCCAGCUAAAGCCCAACUAGCCCAAAUUGUGACAAACAUUUUGACUGUGGCCUUCAACGCUUCAGAGAAGACUUCAGAGUCAUUAUCAUCGACAAAACCAACUGAACUAGCCUCCUAUGGAAACACCAUGUUAAAAACCAGUGAAAAACUCAUCUCUACAUUGGUGAAGCCGACAGUCACAAGUGACAUUGUCAGUUUUACUCUUGCUACUGUUGAGGGUCAAGUCUUUAUGGUUGGACCAAAUGUCACUUUAAAUAAAAUACCACAACUUGACACGACAAAUUCUUCUGUGGACAUCGAUCUCAUUGGGAUCGCAAAGAGCAACAAUGAAGGAUCAGCUGCUGUGGCUUUCAUGAGCUACAGCACAAUGGAGAAUCUACUGAAGCCAGACUUCUUCAACACAUCAAAUGACAUGGUUAAAACCAUGAUGUCCACUGUGAUCUCAGCUACUCUUCCCAAAACCAACAACACUAAACUCACCAAACCAGUCAACUUCACCUUCAGACACAUCAGAGAGUUUGAUCCCAAUGGUUCUCUGUCCUGUGUUUACUGGAAUAUCAGCGUGUGGAUUGUAGAUGGUUGUUCUGUUUUAAAGACCAACAGCAGCUACACUGUAUGUUCCUGUGUCCAUCUGUCGACAUUUGCUCUCAUCAUGCAAACCAGCCAUCCACCAGAGAGCGACUCUCAACUGCUGGAUCUGUUGAAUCUGGUGUGUGUGAUUGUGGGGCUGGUGUUCUUCAGUUUGGCCCUGUUGACCUUUGCCCUUUGUCAUUGGAGUUCUGGAGUGAAUAAUGUGGCUAGAAUCAACAUCUGCAUCAGUCUUCUGUUGGCUCAUCUUCUGUUUCUGCUCACGCAGCAGUUCCUGAACGUCAUACAGCCUCAGCAGGUGUUCUGUGCUGUGAUCUCAGGCCUUCUGCACUUCCUUUUUCUCUCCGGCUUUGUGUGGAUGUUCACUGAAGCUGUGAUGCUCUUCAUCUGUAUGAAGAAUCUAUCACAGAUCAGCUCCAAAAAGAGGGAGGUGCUUAGCAGUGGAUUCCUCUGUGUGAUUGGAUAUCUGAUUGCUCUGGUUGUGGUGUGUGUCUCUGUCGGUCUGGUUCCUGAAGGCUACGGCAGUGAACACUGCUGGAUUAAAAUAGAUAAAGGCUUCAUCUGGAGUUUUCUGGGUCCUGUUUGCGUCAUACUAGCAUCAAACACACUUCUCUUCAUCAAGAUCUUCAUCAGUCUGAGCUCAACUCUCAAAAGUCUCGAUGCUGAAGUUUCACAGAUUAAACAAAUCAAAAUUAUGGUGUUUAAAACACUGGCUCAGUUUGUGGUUCUUGGUUGCCCCUGGAUUCUGGGUUUCUUCACUAAUGGCAGGAAGGAGCUGGAGAUCCUCUUCCUGAUCUUGAACUCCCAGCAGGGAACCUUCAUCUUCCUGAUCUAUUGUUUCCUCAAUAAUGAGGUUAGGCAGCAGUACAAGAAAUUCUUCAGAUGUCUUUGCUGCAUCAAACAACGAUGACUACAACAUCACAUUCAGAAAGUAAAUAAAAAAUACUGCUCAAGUGCCAUUCAUACACAGGUUAUUUUAUAAAACAUAAUCUUUGGGUUUGGAUGUUAAAUGUCAGAGUUGUCACUUCUUUAGAAAAAAAUAUAGAAAACAUGCUAUUCAAGUGUCUUAUUUUACCACUGUUAAUACUACUGAUGUAAAGCUGUUUCACCUCUGAACUGUUUUAUUUAGUCAUCUUUAAAGGGCUCAUCGGAUGCAAAAUUCACUUUUACGUGUAGUUUGAACAUAAAUGUGUGUUGGCAGUAUAUAUACACAACCAACCUAUAAUGAUAAAAAUCCACUUUUUACUGGCAGAAUGACAAGUUCUGCAAAGGCCUCUCCUAUGAGUGUUGACUGACACUGCUGUUUUAGUGUAGACUAAGUCUGACUGAGUCAGCUGUGAACUGUCUGACCACCAUUGUUUCAAUGCCGGAGCAGGGGUAGACAAGAAUGGCUCCUAAGCGAUUGAACUGUUCUGUUGUUGGAUGUAAUCCGAUGACCCCUUUAAAUUAUUUGUUUGUUUGUUUAAAUUGGUGGAGGUGAAACACAUGUAUUUACGCUUUUCUCAAAAUAGUCACACUUUAAUAUUUACAAGUAAAUGAUGGUGAAUUAAUGAAACUGUAAACUCCUGAAAACUAUUUCAUGUGUGCAUG